AAAAAGUAAAAUGUAUGUUCUUAUCUAAAGUUGUUUUGUUAGAUCUACUUCUUAAAAAAAACAUUCUCUAUGAGACUGUGCUUGUGUGUGUGCACAAUGGUUCAAACAGUUGUUGUCCUCUGUCUCAUCAUCCAACACAUCCAUUGUGCUGUGGUCAGCAAUUCAGAGUUAGACAUCAAAACUGACGACAACUUCGACUGGAGAAACUAUGGAGUUAUUACCCCUGUUUCUGAUCAAGGCCAGCUUGGUAGCGCAAUGGAUUUUGUGAUUGCAGAGGAAGUAGAAAGUCUAUAUGCUAUAAAGACUAAAACUAAAGCGAUUCUCCUUAGUAGAAACGAAGUGGCUGACUGUUGCGAUAACCCAGACACCCAUCAGCCUAUAUUUGAUGGCUUCGGCUGUAUAGAGGCCAUUGGUGGACUCUGCAGCGACUCAACCUACAAGAGUCAUACUGGAAAGUGUCAAAAUAACACUUGCACACCAAUCGGCAAGGUGACCGGAACAGGUUACAUCCCAACAGGGAGAGAAGACUUCAUGAAGAAAGUUAUUCAUAUAGCUCCAAUAGCUGCUUGGAUCGAUGCAAGUCAGUCGUCUUUUCAGAUAUAUACCAGUGGUAUCUAUUCAGACCCCAGGUGUAGCUCCACCCAGUUAGACCAUGCAGUACAAAUUGUUGGCUACGGGACUGAGGCUGGUGUUGAUUACUGGACUGUCAAAAACUCCUGGGGUGCUGGGUGGGGAGAGCAAGGCUACAUGAGGAUUCAGAGAGGACAAAACAUGUGUGGCAUUGCUACACUGGCCUUCUACCCAAUAGAGAAAUAAUUUUUAAAAUUCAUUUCAAUAACUAUGUUUUUAAAUAAACCAGAAAUAAAUA